CUAGGUGCAUUCAUCACGCGUUAUUCCGAACUGAUAAAGGAUGCCCUUUCUAAAUCACUGCGUUGCUCGCUCUGUUAUCGCUGGCCUUCAGUAGACCAUCAGCUCUCUAACACAGUGGAUGAUUGCUACGGAGUCCUGUCCUAGCCACUGCUACUGGUAUCACGUGUUGCAUAGGGCGCUCUACUCUUCGUUACACGUAUUUGUUUUGUCACGUCGACACUGAUUGCAACCCACUGGGCAGACGCUGCAACAAAACAAAAUAACUUAUUUUGAGGAGUGCUUCUUAUUUGUUUUGAUUCGUAUAGUGAAGGCGAAUGUUAAUAGCACACGAUGCAGUUGGGAAGCUUGAUAUUGACCAUACUGGACCCCUUCCAAAUCAUCCGUAAGUAUUUGCUAAAACCAUUGGCUGUGACCGGGAUUGCGUAUGCCGAGGAGUACAAACGAAAAACCGAUGCUGGAGUUCAGUCGACGAAGAGUGUUUUGAUUAAGCUGAUUGCGGCAGUGUUGGUUGGAUUCUCCAUCGUGUGGGCAUCGAUAUUUAUGUAUGCCUACUUCUACUACACAUACAUGCCCACCGUGUCGCACGUCAAAGACGUGUAUUUUAACUACAGAGACUGCCAUGCCGAGCAAAAGUGCCUUGAUUACCCAUCGGACACAGUAAUAUUAACGAAAAAGGAACAAUUCCUAAUGAUAGGUCAAGCCUACCGAGUUACAUUGUACCUUGAAAUGCCGGAAUCAUCCCAGAAUGACCAAACUGGCAUGUUUACUGUCUGCGCCAUUAUGCGGGAUCGCGAAGCGAGUGAAUAUUCCACAAAAUCCUGUCGACUUUCGAUGCUACACUUCAAAUCGGGAUUGCUCAAAAUGAUCUCUACGGUAGUACUGGCACCAUUUUUCAUUUUUGGCUACCGGGAAGAGAAACAAACGUUGGCAAUCGAUUUAUUCACCCAUUUCGAGGACAGUCAGGCGCAUCCGGUGACCAGCGUGGACAUUUCCGUUCUAUCGCGAGACGUACAAUUUUACUCGGCCCAACUUCACAUCACUGCGAAUUUCUCCGGACUGCGAUAUCUGAUGUUCAACUGGCCGAUCGUGUCAGCUGUUAUAGGAAUUCUAACCAACUUGUUUUUCAUUCUGAUUAUUUGCGUGCUGAGUUGGUACCACUGGGACGACAAAGAAUGGAUUAUCGAAAUCAAGGAUCGAUACCAGCAAAUCCUGAAGAGUACUCCCAUCCGAGUUUUCGAACAAAGGUCGGCAGAAUCAGCACCAGAAUUGGCAAAAGCAGAAGAAGAAGAAGAUAAACCUGAGGACAUAGAAGAACUAUCAAGUUUCAAGGACGAUCUAGGUCUGUCAACGUAGCACCAUGAGAGCUGAGGCUUUUGGAGCAUGAAUGUUUGAUGUUUUAAGGUUCCUUUCUAAGAUUAUAUGCAGGAAUAUAACUGUUACAGACGAAAUAAAUUAAAAAAACGCUUACGAGUUUUGGAGUGAAAGAAGCAUUUAUUGAA